AUGGGACAGCAAGACAGGUUCAGUAGAGAAAGCUACGCUUGGGGUUGGGAGAAUCGCAUGCAGCCUGUCGAAGGCAGUACACAUCAACAGUUCGUACCAAGAGAAGGUCGUCCUCUUCCUAUCCAUCAAGCACUCCGAGAGUACGCCGGCAUUGAUGCCACGGACUUUUUCGUUGCUGCAUUCAGGCCAGAGGGAGUGGUCACCUUUUCUUCGCCUGGAACACUAUCACAAGAGCAGAUCGAUAGAUUUUUCUUACCCAAAGAGUACCAAAAAUGCCGGUCAUCCUCUACGUCUGUCAGUCUGAACGAUGAGCCGCGAAUCCCAUUUCGCCGCCCCGGUCAAGGUAUCGAGGCCUUCGAUGACUACAGCCCUCAAAAACCAGCAAGAAAGCGAUUGAGGCAGACCAGCAACCGCCUUGACGGCAAACUGGGUGAAGAGGACAUUCCGACCGCUGUCGUUACGAAAAAGAGAUCUAUCGAAGUUGGGAAUGCCGCACAAUUGCAGGAAUUUUACGAACUGAGGUUCAGAAACUGUCAGCAGUCUGCUUGCAAGCUCAUCGCGAAGGCUUGGAUCAAGGCAGUCGAGCCUAAGAAGCAGUCUACCCAUCCUUAUACAGGAAAGGACGAGAAGGCACCAGGCUGGUGGCCCGAGCCCUGGGGUGAGCUCAGAGAUCAGAAAGUCCGACACAAGGAGCCAGACCAUCUUUACAAAAAAGAGCGGGUCCACCUUCUUUGCCAUAUCCUGCGACUGGUGAUGCAACCCAACGAGUACCAGCACAGAGACAUCAGGAAACUGCAAUUGAACAUCGCGAAGUUGGAGGAGGUUACUAAUGAGGCUCUGUCUUCAUGGUUUGCAGAUUCCACCAAUCCCGGAAAUCGCCAGAAGAAGCCGUAUCUGAAGGAGAUUUUCAAGGUAGCUCACCAGGAGGAGAGGUUCCUUGCUGGUGGGAUAGACGCUAAGACGAAAAUCCAUGUCAUGUCUGAUGAAAGAGUCGCCGAAGGAUACGCAUCUGACAACGAGGACAGCAGCCCGUCAAGAAUUGAUGAAGACCAGGAACGAAAGACCUCUUCUAGGAGUAUGACGCCUUCCAGAGGAUCUAUUCAGAAUAUGGUACCAUACGGCAAUGUUCAUGGCCCUUUAGACCACCCAGACAACCACAUGCAAGGAUCGUCUUACGUAGGCGACAUGGUCAUGAGAGGGCAACACUUUAGCCAGCCGGUCAUGGGCUCUGAUAUUCACACGGGGCAACACAGCUACAGCGACGUAGGUAAUAUGCCUGUUGCAGCACCGCUCAAUUCUGCUGGAUCGAUGCCGCUCUCCGAAAUAUACACAAGCACCCAUGAUACUGGAAGGAGGCCAUCGAUACCCAACUCUCAUUCAGACUUCAACACACCAACGACGCCUGGCGUGUACUCACCGUGGACUUCUGGUGCUUCGGCUCCAAACAAUACUUCGAUAUAUUCUGUGCCUGGCCAGCACUCCAGCGCUCACAACUCGUACGGACAAGCGAAUGCGCCUAUGGCCCAGACUCAAUCUUGGUUUGAUUACGGAGAUGGUAUACCAAGAGGCCAUGAUCUGGGCCAUCCGAAUGUGCUGAGAGGUGUAGGUCCGGGUACAAUGCCUCACCAAUCAGGGUAUUCGGACUACAUGCAUCAGAGUGGAAGACCGGGACAAGGGCCUGACAUGAAGCAAGAAGCUCAAGUUCUCGCGCGGAACAUACUCCAGUAA